UUUCCCCUCGGGUGGUACAAGGGUCAUGUGGGGAAAGCUGUCACGUCAACAACAGCAAACAUGACCAUAUUCAUCACAAACAUGAUCUAGUGUCAAGACUUGCCAUACUAUAUGAAUCAUAUCCGCAGAUAUGGAAAUGCCGAGCUCAACUAGAGAAGUAGUUGUCCAAGAGUGCAAACGCCUCAGGCCCCAUGACACCAUCACAUCCAUCCAGCCUUGCCAGGGAAAAGGAUGUUCACACAAUCUCUGGAUCAUCAGCUUUGCAAACAGCCCACAGCUCAUUGCUCGAGUAGCGCAAGAACAUCAAAUCUUAGAGCUCGAAAAACGUGGUAUUGGUAUUCUGCAACACAUCGAGAAGCACACUCCAAAUUGUCCCGUCCCGAGAAUUCACUGGCAUAACGUCGAUCAGACUUCAAAACAUCCAUCUAUUGUGAUACAAAGCUUUGUCCCAGGCAGAUCUCUGGGUACUUGGAACUCUAGUAUCCCAAAGAGCUCGUAGUUUGUGGAGUCGGUUGGGGUAUUCCGGAUGGCAGCGCAGGAGAGUCUAGGGCCAGUGUUGGAAGCGUUCUUGGUCAAGCACUCAGAGAUGCGAGAGAUGGACAGGGUCAAGCAGAUUAUGGCAGAAUGGCAGAUGGAAGAUGAAGAUAGAUGAGGCAGAGUUUCAUGGUCGAGCUCAGGCGAAAUUGGUGCAAACGUGGGGAAAGCUUCCGGGGCCCGCGAUAGCAUCAUC